CGAAACCAAGCAAACAACGUGUUUAACCUCUUAGAAGACUGCUUUGAUUAGGCCAUCGAAACUUCUGGAAUUAUAGUAGAAAUUUUCUGUUUUGAGAUUCAGAAUAGAUAUUGAAACCAACAAAUUAAUCGCCUAAUGCCAAAAAUCUCAAAGUUGGGGCCAAUCGUUCUUGUGAAGUUAUUGCUUCCCUCAUAAUGUAUGGAGGUCAACUUGGGAAGUAUCAAAGAGCCUAAAAAAAAUUUGGACGAUACUAUUAGGACAAUUAAUCUUUAUUUUGAAACUUGCAUGAAUAAGGCUUUAGACGCGGUAAGGAGUACAAGUAAAGCUGGAGAUACACUUGCGUCUAGAAAAGAAUAUUACAAGGCUAAGAAAUUGUUGGAAAAACUAAACAGUUACACCAAUGAUUUAUUGCUGGACAUGAAGCAAGCAAAUUUACUUUCAAUCGAGAUUAUUACUGUUCCAUUUCUACCUGAAAUCGAUGAUGAAUUGCAAAUGCAGUAUGAAAUGGUUCUUCUUCAUGGAUCAAGUCCAUGGAAUUUCUGGCUUGGUCACACCCAGAAAGACACCGAUAAAAAACUCAACAAUCUUCUGAAAGAAAGAUUGACCACAGACUUACAGAAACUGGAUGAAAGUCCCAACCCAGGCGACUAUGUCUUAUGUAAGCGAAUCGAUAAGUUUGCAAGAGGUUUUGUCCUUUUACGAAAAAACGAUUCCUCUGAUCACUCUGAAAGCAGGUAUCACAUUCUAGAUAUCGACAGAGGAGUCAUCAUAAUAGCCAAAUCGAAAAGGCUGUUCAAAAUGGAUGCGGAAAUAAGCUUGAUUCCUCAGCAAGCUCUUAAAUGCACCCUCAUCAAGGAUUCCAAGGAUUCUUUACUUUGGACCAAAGAGUUGAAGGAGCUGUUUUUAAAUUCAAUAAGACCGUGCAAAUUAACUGUAAGGAUAAUCGGAUACAACGAGGAAUAUCCUCCUCAUUUUCAAGUAGAAUUGAAAGCCCAAAAUAUUGAAAAAGACACUGGAAAUACAGUAGAUGUAGGAAAGUGGGUAACAGAUCGAAUUAAUCCAGCAUUGAAAAGUGGUAGGAGCUUGAGUCCUGUGUUGGAUAUGUUUUCCAUUCAAGAUGACAAAGAAGAUAAUAGCAGUAAACCAUUAUCACAAAAAAGCCAAGCUUCGCCUACCAUAGAACCAACACAUAACAUCAGAGAAGUGGAAUUUAUAACAGACGAGAACAGACUAGAACAGAGCCCAGAAAUAGAUGUCGUUUCAACUCCUCCAGCAACGAUGAUCAAAGUUCCAACCACGGCCGUUAAUUCCAAUGAAUAUCCGAGAAGAGACGACGAUACUGUCAUUCAAACAACUAAUGUGAUGUCGGUUAAUAAUCCUGCUUCUCCAUUACUUCAAAAUAUACAUCUAAUGAAUCUAAUGACGGGAUACCCUUCAAUUCCCGUCCUUCCAAAUGGGAUGCCAUUCGUGGGGUAUCCUUUUAAUAUGAACUGUCUAUUUCCACCACCGCCAAACCAAGCAUCCGGCUAUCCGGCUGCAAAUCAGUCACUUGGAAGUGCGAUUUCGCGUUUCACUACAGACUUACCACCACCGCCAAUCCAAGCAUCCGGCUAUCCGGCUGCAAAUCAGUCCCUUGGAAGUGCGAUUUCGCGUUUCACUACAGACUUACCACCACCGCCAAUCCAAGCAUCCGGCUAUACGGCUGCAAAUCAGUCACUUGGUAGUGCGAUUUCGCGUUUCACUACAGACUUACCACCACCGCCAAUCCAAGCAUCCGGCUAUCCGGCUGCAAAUCAGUCACUUGGAAGUGCGAUUUCGCGUUUCACUACAGACUUACCACCACCGCCAAUCCAAGCAUCCGGCUAUACGGCUGCAAAUCAGUCACUUGGUAGUGCGAUUUCGCGUUCCACUACAGACUUACCACCACCGCCAAACCAAGCAUCCGGCUAUCCGGCUGCAAAUCAGUCACUUGGAAGUGCGAUUUCGCGUUCCACUACAGACUUACCACCACCGCCAAACCAAGCAUCCGGCUAUACAGCUGCAAAUCAGUCACUUGUUAGUGCAAAUUCGCGUUUAUCUUAUGCCUUACCACCACCGCCAAACCAAGCAUCCGGCUAUACAGCUGCAAAUCAGUCACUUGGAAGUGCAAAUUUGCGUUCGACUACAGACUUCAAACCAAAUCAAGCUGUUAAACCAAAUAAAGAGUGGAACCCUACGUCAAACAACUACUUUGCUGAAACUAACAGACUAGAUCAUGUUAAUGAAAAUACGUUGAUGGCAACCUCUGGAUGCAUUCCCAUGGACGAGGAGAGAAUCUGUAGCUUUUACAGAGAGACUGGUCGUUGUCCGAAGUUAGGAUGUCGACAAAUACAUAAAUUCAUGGGUAAAGAUGUAUCUGCAGUUGUCAACACUGAAACUUACACACGACGAAAAUUGCCAGGGGAGGGACGCAUUAUAAAGAUCAAAGUCCAACAUAACGGAUGUCUAUCACCUACACGGUUCUAUGGGCAUUGGGAGUUUAUCAAUGAUGCUGAAAAGAACCGGAAAAUUGUUCGUAGAUCAUAUGUCACCUAUAUGCAUGUAGACUACGAAUCUGUUGAGUAUUCUGGUGGUGAAGAUGAUGAAGGUGAAUCUUGUAAAGAAACGUUGCACACAUUAAUGACAGCAUUGAAUGAGCCGUACAACAUUCACCACUACCAGCAUCUCAACGUAUUACCACUGAUUGGUGAAUUGGUGAUUGCAAAAACAAUUUCCAAAGUUGGAAGAUUUGUUUGGUUACGAGCCAAAGUGCGUGAAGUACAACGGUUUGGCGAAAAAUCGUGUGAUGUAUUCCGAAUUGAUUUCGGGGAGACAGAUAGAAUUCCUCUCAGUGAUUUGCGUCGUAUGGAACCCAGAUUUCUACGUCUUCCUCCACAGGCUACUCAAUUUUGUAUAGCAGGAGUAGAAGAGUUGAAGGAGCAAUGGGGGCCUAAUGAGCCACCGACAUCAGUUAUUUCCCAAUUGGGAAACAAAACUCUUUAUGGAAAAAUUACGAAAAGACACGAUGACUAUGUGGAGGUUGAUUUGAAGGAUGAAAACGGUCAGAGUAUUCGUCAUAAACUUCACCAAACUGGGAAGUACCGUCUAGUAGCUAUCGACGUCGACAGUCAGAAGACGGGUUGAUUCUCACCGCUUCUAAUCAACAAUUUGAUUCCCAACCCUAUUUCUUGAAAAUUCAAUUUAACUUGACUUCUCAACAUUAAGGAAUCACAAACCUAUUAGUUUUUAAUCUAAAAAGAUUGAUAUAUAAAGAUGUAAAUAAAUAAAUUGGUUAAGAUUUUGUUUAAUUUUUUUAUCUUGAGAUUCAAUUUAAUAAAACGUUUGAUAAUA